AUGGUAGUGGGGCUCUUGUUAUGGUUUGGCGGAUUAUCUUUUGGCUUGGGUCAGUGUUAUCCCGUGCGAGCUUCUCUCGCUUCACUGAUUCCCCGCUAUUUUUCUAAUUUUUCACGACAAUGACACCGAGCCGCUGGGGGAUGUCUUACCUCUUCCAAAAUGGACCGGGGAGCUUGCUGCCCAUGCAGAUGAAGAGGCCCAGCGAGCGGCGGAGGCUGUAGCGGAUGGGCCUGGUAUGGUCUUGGGCUCGAUGGAUUUGGCUGCAAAGAUGCCAAGCCUCGAGCAGCUGCAGAAGAUGUCUCUGGUCGAGCUUCACGCGCUGUUGAAGGACAUGGCUAUCACUCGCCCCAGAGCAGUCGGCACCCGCGCGGAGCUUGUCACCUAUCUCAACUCGGGCGAGGUGCCGCAACCGCUCAACCUGGACGCGCUCGCUUCGUUGGGUCGGGGGGAUUUCGCCAGCUUGACGCGGCUGCAGUUGGAAGCGGUUGCAUUAGCCACCGGCGUCGUGGUGUCUAGAGAGACACACUAUGGCUGGGGAACUGGUGCCGCCUCGGUUUUCUGUUUUGCUCCUUUGAAAGAACACGCGGGGCAUGUAAGUGAGUAGCAAAGCAGGCCCAGAGGUGGGGCGCCUAUGUUCUCCCGCCGUCGGUUCUCUCUAAUCAGUGGCUACGAAGCCGGCCCCUGUCGCCUUGCUUUAUGGCUUGGGGUUGGAUGGUGGAAAGCUGCCGCAACGCGUCUGGUCCGGCAAGAACUACACACCGAAGGGCCUGCGCGUGGUGGGGCUUUUCAGUCUCUUAGGUAGUGCUCUAAUUUCUGCAGAAACACUACAAGAAGGACUCCUCGAGGCUUCGACCUCUCCGAGGUUCGAUGGCAGGCGCUGCUUCCAGCUCCAAGGCGGUGCGGAAGAAGUGAGGGCGUUGUUGUUUUUACUGUAGAGAUUGUGUGGGUUUUUAGGCUCGUCGUUCAUGGUUCUGCCAUGUUUGUGAUAGUUUUCGUAAAUCUCUCGGCGCGCUCAGCUUGUGAUGCAGAACUUUCUUCGCAUUCUCUCAAAUUGUGGACAAAAAUCAAAGCAGACAGCCCCUUGGAUAUAUUUUUCUCAUAGGUUUCCUCUGUGGUUUUGG